CGUGACGCAGAGGGGAGAAACCCAGAAAGAGAAGAAAAAAGGGAGCAAAGUCUGCGACCCUCGUCGGUCCUCAUCGCGAAACGACGGCCGUGCUCUUCGCACCUCAAGAAUGGCUGACACCGAGUUCGAAGAAUUUCGCCACUAUUUCGAACGCUUGCCUCAACACCUCAAAGCCCCGAUUUCCAAUUACACGCUCGUCCACGAUGUCACGGUCGAUGAUUCGCCGACCUCGUCCCAAGCGAGUGACCCCGAGAUCGGAAGAUCCUGCACGGGGAUCAACGCCGACUCCGAAGACGAAGACGCCGUUGUCGCUCAUCGGCACGACAAUCAGAGCGGUCACACUUCCGCCGAUGAUAGCGAAGAUCUCGAUCAACAUUCCUCCAUCGUAGCAGACAGUGAUUUCAGCUUGUUCGGUGGGCUGAACAGCAUCAACAGGAUUCGAGCGUCGGCGGUGUACGGCGGGGCGCUGGGAAGCAACGGCGUUAAUAUAAUUGGGAAUAGCAACGGUGGGCGGGACAGCGUCGUGAGUGACAUCGGGGACUCGUGUUCGAGUUUGACAUCUUGGCCGACCCCGGAGCACGUCCCGGCGAAUCGUUCCGGAAGCUGCGCGAACGAGCGGCGGCGGAGGCGUCUGCCGGAGAUUCCGAAAAACAAGAAAUGUUUAAGCAACGGACAACAACACGGCUCUCUGCACACGUCGACCUCGUUGGCCGACGAAUUGGCAGGUGCAACAGGCUCGAGUCGCCCCCAUUUGGUGCUACGGAAAUGCCACCCUCGCUUUCGUCACGAGGACAGCUCCCCCGACAGCGAGCGGAUGGCGACGGACAGCGGACACAGCACUGCUCACUCUCCUGACAAUGGACCAAAAAGUGUUUCCCCGAUACCGUGCAACUCUCGCCAAAAUACCGACUCGGUAUCGCCCUCGAGCACGCCUGGUAAAAUCCGUAGUGGCGGUGUGCCGUUUACGCAAUUAGAACUCCUCGAGGCUACUCAUCGCGGAUUGCACAAAUUCGUUCCCCGGCACCACGACGAAAUCGAUCUCGAAAUCGGCGAUCCGAUUUACGUGCAGAAGGAGGCCGACGAUUUGUGGUGCGAAGGUGUGAAUCUGCGAACCGGUCGCCAAGGAAUAUUCCCAUCAGCCUACGCGGUCGACAUGGAUUACAGUGACUUCGAUCCCUCGACCCCGAAAGUCAAGCGGGAACGUUACCUCCUCGGGUAUCUGGGCUCGGUCGAAACCCUGGUGCACAAAGGUACGGGGGUCGUGUGUCAAGCGGUUCGUAGGAUCAUUGGAAACUCGUCGCAGGAUUUGCCCCCCUCGCAGAGCUGUAUCCUCGAGGUUUCGGACCAGGGACUUCGCAUGGUGGACAGGAGCAAGCCUCCGAAAAACCAGGGACCGUGUCACGAUUACUUUUACUCGUUGAAAAAUGUAUCCUUCUGCGCCUUUCAUCCACACGACCACCGGUAUCUGGGCUUCAUAACGAAGCAUCCAACGCUCCAGAGAUUCGCCUGCCACGUAUUCAUCGGCCAGGAUACGACGAGACCGGUCGCCGAAGCUGUUGGACGAGCCUUUCAUCGAUUCUAUACGAAAUUCAUUGAGACUGCUUUCCCCAUCGAGGACAUAUACAUCGAGUAAUAACGACGGUAGAAAUGCCUCGAGGAUCGAGCCUGAAAGAGGAGAAGAAACCCUUGUAAAUAACGAACCCAAAGCUAGCUGUAGAUACUAAUGAAACUAAAUAAACGCGAAUCAAAGACCCUGAAGAAGCGCCCGCGAUUAGCGUCGGGUCUCUCCACCGAGCGAUUUUUCGUUUUUACUAUAAACAUAUAAAUCGUAUACCGACACUGUACCACGCACUUACAUUUUAUUUCGGCGUUAUGAGCCGAGUUUGAAAGAAUGAUUAAUUAGGAGAGAGGAAUUAGGAAAAAUUGUGAUUCGAGAGGAUCUCGAUUCCAGAAUCGAAGAAAGAAGUUCGAUCAUCCAGAACGAUUUCGAUGAGAGUCAAAAGUCGUAGAAUUCUAUUGAAAAUCAUUCCAUCACCGGACGUCAGUAUUAUGCUGAGGGAUAAAAAUCCUCGAUUUUCUUUUUUCUUCACUUUUCCCCAAAUCUCAAUCGCUUAUUCCAAGGGAGAAUGAAAUUAUGAAUGUAACGAAUUACGGUUACGCUCGUUAGAGGCUAAGUACGUCACACAAUCGUACGCGUAUUUUCAUAUUUUUUAAAUGGUACGGAGGAGAAGAGAGGGCAAGAUAAUUAGAGAAUUUGUGGAAAUUUGGUGGAAAUUCAUUUCGUUUGAUCAUUGAAUCGCUUCGAUUCUUCUCGUUUCUCACUUUCGUCAUUAUUUUCAUCCGUUUAUGAACCUCUGAUCCUGAGAAAUGUAUGCGCAAAACUAAUACAAGUCUGAGUAUAAAAUCUUUUUUUCUUCAUUUCACAUUUUUACAUCCUCCAAUUUGAUCGGUGCCUUUCGACGAACAUUGUUAAUUCUCUCAUGCGUACUCGCGAUCUCGAGCAUUGAUAACUCGUUUAUUCUACCGCUUGCCGGGAACUCCGACUCAAAAUAAUAACUGAGAAUACAAAUGAAAAAAAAAAGAAUCAAUAAAAAUUACACAUAUUAAAAUAUAAACAUAUGUGAAUUGGUGUUUCUCCGAUAUCGGCUCUACUAUUCUCAUUUCACGAGGGUGUUGAUCAAUAAAAACUAUGACAUUUA